GCUAUGGUAACCCCGCCGCCAUCACUAUGUCGUUGCCACAAGCUUCUCAGUCUCGGAUGUUCGUGGAACUGGUUCCCUGGGCCGACCGGAGCCGGGAGAACAAUCUGGUGUCGGGCGGAGAGACGCUGCCCAUCCUCCGCCAGCCGCUCUCCUCGGCACAGGUCCAACCCUCGGCCCGCGAGGUGCACGUGAGCGGCGCCGCGGAGGUGUCUGCGAGUCCCGACCGGGCGCAGGUCGCGGUGCGGGUGAGCAGCACCAAGGAGGCGGCCGCGGAGGCCAAGAAGAGCGUGUGCCGCCGCCUGGACUACAUCACGCAGAGCCUCCAGCAGCAGGGUCUGCAGGCAGAAAAUGUAACUGUGACAAAGGAUUUUAGAAGAGUGGAAAAUGCUUAUCACAUGGAAGCAGAGGUCUGCAUUACAUUUACUGAAUUUGGAAAAAUGCAAAAUAUUUGUAACUUUCUUGUUGAAAAACUAGAUAGCUCUGUUGUUAUCAGUCAACCCCAGUUCUAUCACACUCCAGGUUCUGUUGAAAAUCUUCGACAGCAAGCCUGUCUUGUUGCUGUUGAGAAUGCAUGGCGCAAAGCUCAAGAAGUCUGUAACCUUGUUGGCCAAGCUCUAGGAAAACCUUUAUUAAUCAAAGAAGAAGAAACGAAAGAAUGGGAAGGCCAAAUAGAUGAUCACCAGUCAUCCAAACUCUCAAGUUCAUUAACUGUACAACAAAAAAUCAAAAAUGCAACAAUACAUGCUGCUUCAAAAGUAUUUUUAACUUUUGAAGUAAAGGGAAAAGAGAAGAAAAAAAAACAUCUCUGAAAUUCCAACCAAAAUAUAUUGUGUUUGUAUCUUU